AGGGUUGGUUGCGCGGGGAGGCGGCGGGUCGGGCGCUGUGAGGGGAGGCAGGAAAAUGGCGCUGACGCAGGGGACGAAGCGCAAAGUCUGCUACUACUACGAUGGUGAUGUUGGGAAUUAUUAUUAUGGCCAAGGGCAUCCCAUGAAACCCCACAGGAUCCGCAUGACCCACAACCUCCUGCUCAACUACGGCCUCUACAGGAAGAUGGAGAUCUAUCGUCCCCACAAGGCGAAUGCAGAGGAGAUGACCAAGUACCACAGCGAUGAUUACAUCAAAUUCCUGAGGUCCAUCCGCCCUGACAACAUGUCUGAGUACAGCAAGCAGAUGCAAAGAUUUAAUGUUGGGGAGGACUGCCCUGUGUUUGAUGGGCUCUUCGAGUUCUGUCAGCUCUCUGCUGGAGGCUCUGUUGCCAGUGCUGUGAAGCUGAACAAGCAGCAGACAGACAUCGCUGUGAACUGGGCAGGAGGCCUCCACCACGCCAAGAAAUCGGAGGCUUCCGGCUUCUGCUACGUCAACGACAUCGUCCUGGCCAUCCUGGAGCUCCUCAAGUACCACCAGCGGGUGCUGUACAUUGACAUCGACAUUCACCAUGGGGACGGGGUGGAGGAAGCUUUUUACACCACAGACCGUGUCAUGACCGUGUCCUUCCACAAGUAUGGAGAAUAUUUCCCAGGAACUGGGGACCUGAGGGACAUUGGGGCAGGCAAAGGGAAGUACUACGCUGUCAAUUACCCGCUCCGGGACGGCAUCGACGACGAGUCCUACGAAGCCAUUUUCAAGCCUGUGAUCUCCAAAGUGAUGGAGACGUUCCAGCCCAGCGCCGUUGUCCUGCAGUGCGGCUCCGAUUCCCUGUCUGGGGACAGGCUGGGCUGCUUCAACCUCACCAUCAAAGGCCAUGCCAAGUGUGUGGAGUUUGUGAAGAGCUUUAACCUGCCCAUGCUGAUGCUGGGAGGAGGGGGGUACACGAUCCGCAACGUGGCCCGCUGCUGGACCUAUGAGACUGCUGUGGCUUUGGACACUGAGAUUCCCAAUGAACUUCCAUACAACGACUACUUUGAGUACUUUGGGCCUGAUUUCAAGCUCCACAUCAGCCCCUCCAACAUGACCAACCAGAACACCAACGAAUACCUGGAGAAAAUCAAGCAGCGGCUCUUCGAGAACCUGCGCAUGCUCCCUCACGCUCCCGGGGUCCAGAUGCAGCCAAUUCCUGAGGAUGCUGUCCAGGAAGACAGCGGGGAUGAGGAGGAGGAUGAUCCCGAGAAACGCAUUUCCAUCCGAAAUUCCAACAAGAGAAUAUCCUGUGAUGAGGAAUUCUCCGACUCCGAGGACGAGGGGGAAGGAGGGCGCAAAAACGUCGCCAACUUCAAGAAAGCCAAACGUGUGAAAGCAGAGGAGGAGAAGGAGGAAGAGGAGAAGAAAGAGGAGAAGGAAGAGGAAAAAGCAAAAGAGGAAAAAGCAGCAGCAGCAGCAGUGGCAGCAGCAGCAGAACCCAAAGGGGUGAAGGAAGAGACAAAAUCCACCUGAGUGGCUGCAGCUGGCCGGGCGUCGUCGUUGUCGUAGGUUUAGCUCCCGGGUUGCCUCCUCCCCACAGGAUUUCUAUUUUAUAUAAGUUUUCUGUAUAUAUUUCUAUAUAAUUGUAUAAAUGACUCGAGAACUGUAAAUUAUUCCUUGCUGCACUCCACUGGGAGCAGGCAGGGGAGGAUUCUGCAGCCCAGAUUUGGUGACCGGGGAGUUUCACUCUUGCCUUCCACUGCCCUCCUUGGUGUGUCUCUAAAAAACAACAGCAACAACAAAAAUCACUUCCUUCCUUUGCUCUCUCCUCCGAAAUAACCUUGGAAAAGAAGAAUUUAAGUAGAAGUAGUGUCUGCAUUUCAGGUUAGGUGGAAAGAUGGCCAUCAAUUCUUAUUUUUCCUCUAUUUUUUUGGGUGUUUGUUUCAUGGGAGAAUUCCCAAACGAAGCCUGUGAGAGACCUUCGUGGUCUUCAGUUGGAUUCCACCACGGCAAAAGAAAAAAACAAAAACAAAACCAAAACCUGCAAGCUGGUGCCACUUCUCAGGGUCAAAAUUGUGCAGUUCUUGAAUAGAGUUGGCUCCUCCCUGCAGCAAACUUGGGGAAAGAGGUGAAGCAGCUGAAAAUCAACCUGAAAAGUGCUUUUUUGGAUUGUUUUUUGGGUUUUUUUUCAAAGUGAAUCAGCCCCAGAGCCCAAAUGUGGAGAACACAAAAUGAAAAUCACCCUUAGUGGGUGGUUGAGUUUUCCAAGAUCUGCUGGAUCCAGGGAGCGUGACAGCAUUUUAUGCACCUGGAAGGGAGGGAAGGGAUGGGAUUUUUGACCUGAUUUUUUACCCUCUCUGGGUGGGGAGGGAACUCCUCCCCUCAGGCUUUGCUUUUUCCUCUCAAACCACUGCAAAAACCCCCUCAAAGCCAGCCCAGAGCCUGGCUGACAACUCUUCUUGAUGUGUAUCCCUAAAAACCCAAAGUUUCCUCUCGAUUGAAGUGAAAUUCCCAACGUUUUCCAACUGAAUUUCCCUCCCAAGGCCAGUAAAUCCCAACCUUUUUAUCCGCCGACUGUUGCCUUCCUGAGGGAACAGCAGAUGGGGCUCUGAACGUUUUUACAGCUCCUCUCCCUCCUCCCACUCAUUCUCUCACCCCCAGAGCUCUUUUGUGACCAGCUCUGCCCUUUCUUUUGCCUCUUUUGUACUGAGCUUUUUUGGUUUUUUUCUUUCUUUUUGGGGUGAGG